UAUGGAUGCUGAAUUACCGAACGUUAAUAGUUUACCCGAAGAUUUAGAAAAGAAUACUAAAUCGAACGAAGAGAUGUUAAGAACGAAGGUUAAAAAUCGACCUGUCAAGUCAAAAUUGAAAGAGGAGGUUCAUGAAGCGGUCAAGGAUUAUUUGGAUAAAUUGAUUAAGGAGCGAAGUGCUCCAAUCGGUGGUCACACUAUGGCUGUCAGUAGUCAUCAGUUAAAGAACGACGCCAACGAAGCUGUAAGCAAGAUAAAUUACAAGCUAACUAUAACUGCAACUCCAAUUAGCGUGCGACAACUUCAAGUAUCACCAUCCCCACAACAAACUAGCGCUAUAGACCACGUCAUUGACAAAUUAGAAUUAUCGGAGGAAGGGAAAAAAACAGAAUUUAUAACCAUUCCUACGGGCGAUUCGGAAGAGAGGAGUCGGCCAUCGACCGUAAGACCAAAAAGCCAAAGUCAAGUUCGUCGACCAAAAAGUGUGCCCCCAUCAUUGAUGAGGGAGAGACCCACAACGGGUAGGAAACAUCGUAAGGAUUAUCAUUGGUCUAUCUGGAAAACAACACCUACCCCACCACCUCCAUCUAGUUUGAAAGGGUCACCGCGACCAAAAUCGAGAAUAGAAGAUGUUGUACGACCAAAAACAAGAGCAUCUGAAAGAAACGAAGAAGCUACCAGACCUCUCAGCCGAGCUACAGAAAUAUCUAAGGACGACGAACGAAAUGAGAUCUUUCAUAGUCCUAUCCCAGAACCAUUUAGAGCAACGGUUCGACCGACUUCAAGAGCCAUAUAUAAGCAAACUCAAAACAUUUCCGCAUUAAAGAGUCUAAUCGAUAACUCUAACGACUAUGAGCGUCAAGUAGCAGUGAAUCUAUUAAAAGCUUUAGAAAAUAGUGGUAAAAGAGCCCAGAGCGCAAAACCUUCAAAAUCAUAUAGCUAUGGUAUAAGAACAACCUUGGCCGAGCCGAAUUUUCCUGGAACGUAUGGAGAUGAGUCGGGCAGAUAUUUUAGAAUGUUAUCUGAUAAUUUACAAGGGACAUCGGCUAUGGCAGGAUCAUGCUCUCCAGAGUUGUACGGAUUAAAUAGAACAGUAGUUGAAUUAUCAUAUAGUGGGCAGGAUAAUUUAGAUUUUAAUCAGUAUAUCUGCUUACCUGAGAAAGAAGCUAAAUAUGCUAAACCUAAAGGAGAUCUCGCCACUGCUACUAGUAUUCUUACUCCGACGAUGGUCAUUGAUAAACAGUUUGCAUACUAA